AUGGCCACUGCAGUUGAAAUUGCUUUGGCCAAGCAACCAUAUUUCGACUUGAAUUCUCUCUGUAAAACUGUCUUCGUGACCUAUAAAGCUGGUCCAAGGCUAGAUAAACUGGAUAUAUGCAACAAACCCGGUGUUCGUGGAACUGUAGUCUCUCUGGCUGGAUCUCCAGGGUCUCACAAUGACAUCAAGUACAUGAGAGACUCUUUCGAAAAACAUAAUAUUCGCUUGGUUUGCACUAAUUGGCCUGGAUCGGAGUUCGUGACAGGCGGUCUUCGUGAUAGCUACACAAAUGAAGAACGGAACUCUUAUGUGAAAGCAUUGAUGGAAAAGUUGGGAAUGAAAAAUGUGGAGAAACUGAUUGUAAUGGGACACUCGAGAGGAGGAGAAAGUGCUCUACAGAUGGCUUGUAUUUUGUCGGAGGACAGAAGUUGGCCAUUGAUUGGAGCAGUAAUGAUCAACUCACCUGGAUUUGUAAUGCAUAGAGGAAUAUCUGUAAGAAUGGGAACUAUCAACACACUCGCAUAUCUUAUAAAACUUCGAUGGAAGAUGAUUGAUUGUGUUCUUUUCCCAGUGCUUGAUUGGUUUUACAACGAUUUCAUCGGUCUCCGUGUGGCCGAUGGCAAAGUGUCGGCAGCUGCAAUUCUGCCAAUGCAGACAUUUGCAUUCGAGAAACAAAAGGCUUCGAUGGAUGAAAUGAAAAAGAAACCAUGGGUUCGAAUGUUCUAUGCAUAUGGAUCGAAAGAUUUCCUCGUCGCUGAAUCCGAUUCAGAAGAACUGGCGAUGUAUUUCAAAGGAGAUCAUUAUGUAAUAAAAGACAAAAAAGAAUCAGAAGAAGCUAUUCCAAAAAUCUGGAAUAGUUACGCCAACGGACAACCGUACGUGACUGCAAACUUCACUGAAGAAGGUCAUUAUCUUCAGAAGACUUAUCCGGAAUUCUUGAUUCAAGUACUCGGAGGAAUGUUUGAUGUGGAGACAAAGAGCUCCAAAUAA